CAUGCCACCUACAAGCCCCAUAUCGGAUCACUCACCCAACACGUGCCUGGCUCUAUAAACGGCCCAGAUAUCCCGAGCGCACUACCCAUCCAGCGUUGGGAAAAUCACCACGUAAGAAUGGCUUAUCGCUAAAUAAACGGUUCUAAACCAUCCACGUGUCAUUCACGAUGCGAUAUUAGACCAACGAUCCAACGGACCCGGCACUCCCUCCAUCACCAGCAUCCCCGAAUUCCACCCUCUUACCGGCGAUUCCCUAAACCCUAGCCGGAAAAUUCCGUCGCCGUCCCUCCAACUUUCCUGAAAGAAUUGCCUCCUUACCAUUCAACAACAAUUCGUGAAAUUCUUUGAGAAAUUCACUAAAAUUCACAAGAAUCGUUGAGAAAUUAAGGUUUGUAAAGUAGAAGUUUGUCGAUCGAUAAAGCUUGUGAUUAUCCAUGGCUGAUUCGGACAAUGAAUCGGGAGGACACAACAACAACGCAAACAGUGAUUUCUCGGCGAAAGAACAGGACAGGCUUCUUCCGAUCGCGAACGUGAGCAGAAUCAUGAAGAAGGCGUUGCCGGCGAACGCGAAGAUCUCGAAGGAUGCGAAGGAAACCGUGCAAGAGUGCGUGUCAGAGUUCAUCAGCUUUGUGACCGGUGAGGCGUCCGAUAAGUGCCAGAGAGAGAAGAGGAAGACGAUCAACGGCGACGAUCUGCUAUGGGCCAUGACGACGCUGGGGUUCGAGGAGUACGUGGAGCCGCUGAAGGUGUACCUCGCCAAGUACAGGGAGAUGGAGGGGGAGAGGACCGCCGUGGGCCGCCAAGGCGAGAGGGACGGUCCCGGCGGCGGUGGGACAGGCGGAGAGGGGUUUAACGGUGGUGGUCCUGGGAUGUACGGUGGGAUGCAGACUUCGAUGAUGAUGAUGGGUGGUCAUCAGGGACAGGUGUACGGUUCCAGUUCAUUUCAUGGUGGAGGUGGAGGUGGAGGUGGAGGUGGAGGUGGAGGCGGCGGCGGCGGCGGCGGCGGCAGCAGCCUUGGUGGGGGGGCUUCCAGUGGGAGACAAAGGUAGGUGUGUUUUUAAUAUAUUAUUUUUAAAUGUAAUUUUGCUAUAAUUUAGUGAUAAUUGUGGAAUUUUAAGAAGAACUAGAGUUUUUUUUUUUUUUUUGUUCUUUUUUUUUUUUUUUGUGGUUUGUUUAUGUGAAUUGAAGGGUUGUAUGUGUAAUUGUGGAAAAGGGAAUUGAUGAUGAAGAUAUAUAUAUAAAUGCAUAAAGCAAAAAUUGUAACCUUGUGUAACAAUAGGACGGUAGAAAUUUGUAAUUGGGAAAGAAGAGAGAGAGAGAGAGAGAGAGAGAGAGAGAGAGAGAGAAUUCUGUAUUAUGUACAGAGGGAUUCUCAUGAAGAAGAGAGCAAGUGUAUUGCCUUUUUUCCUUUUGUUUCCUUCCCUCUUGAUCUUUCUUAUCCUUCAUUGUUCACUUUAUUUAAAUUGAUGUUUGGCCGUUUCUACUUU